CACAUAACACACCACUGCACACGCCCCACUCAGCAACAACCAUCCGUCUCAUUCUUCCUCAUCUUUGCCCCAGCCAGCCCUAGCAACCUAAGCUACAAGCUGAACAGUAAGUUAGUGCCAAUAAUUUCCAUACUGUUUCUGGCGUGAUUACUAUCAGAGGCUGCAGAGCACAAGCUAGCGCACCAGCCAAGAAACCAAAGCAAAGCAGGGAGCGAGCUGAAGCUCACCAUGGGGGUGGAGAGCAUGAGUCCCACCCCCACGGCGGUGGACUCCUCCUCUUCAAGCUCCUCCGGAGCGUCCACGGCCACCACGGAGUCCGGCGCGGCGCAGCUGCCGGCUGCUUUGGUGCUGGGCGCCGCGGCCGUGGAGGUCUCGCCGGCGGACGAGGCCGUGACAUCGCAGCCGUCGGCGGCGGGGCAGGGGUCGUCGCGGUACAAGGGCGUCGUGCCGCAGCCCAACGGGCGCUGGGGCGCGCAGAUCUACGAGCGCCACGCGCGGGUGUGGCUCGGCACGUUCCCCGACGAGGAGGCCGCCGCGCGCGCCUACGACGUCGCCGCGCUCCGCUACCGCGGACGCGAGGCAGCGACCAACUUCCCAGGCGCCGGAGCGUCGGCCCCCGAGCUCGCCUUCCUGGCGGUGCACUCCAAGGCAGAGAUCGUCGACAUGCUCCGGAAGCACACCUACGCCGACGAGCUCCGCCAGGGCCUGCGCCGCGGCCGGGGCAUGGGCGCGCGCGCGCGGCCCACACCGGCGUGGGCGCGUGCGCCGCUGUUCGAGAAGGCCGUCACGCCAAGCGACGUCGGCAAGCUCAACCGCCUCGUCGUGCCCAAGCAGCACGCCGAGAAGCACUUCCCACUGAAGCGCUCGCCGGAGGAGGCCACCGGCAAGGGCGUGCUCCUCAAUUUCGAGGACGGCGAGGGCAAGGUAUGGCGGUUCCGGUACUCGUACUGGAACAGCAGCCAGAGCUACGUGCUCACCAAGGGAUGGAGCCGCUUCGUCCGCGAGAAGGGCCUCAGCGCCGGGGACACCAUCGUAUUCUCGCACUCGACGUACGGCCCGGAGAAGCAGCUCUUCAUCGACUGCAAGAAGAACAAGACGGCUGCCACCGACGCGGCGCCGGCACCGGCGGAUACACCAAAGGAGGCCCGUGUCGUUAGGCUGUUCGGCGUCAACAUCGCCCGAGACGGAUGCCAGAAGAGAGCGCGGCCGGUGGAGAUGGCGUUUGAGCAAGAACAGGAGUUCUUGAAGAAGCAAUGUGUGGCUCAUCACCGCUCUCCUGCCUUAGGUGCCUUCUUGUUAUAGCAGCCAUCAUAUAUAUGCAUAGUGUUAUAGUUUUCCCCCUUUAAUUGUUCUUAUCACCUGUUUGAUCGCGAAUUCAGUUACUAGCGUUUGUUCUUCGUUUUUGCAAAGAACUUGUCAAAUCAGAUUGCAAAACGAGUUGUAAUAUGUACACCAUUAGGAAGUCUUGAGAUGUUAGUCAUGCAAGUUUGUGAGUCAUCUGGUACGUCAAUAAGUUUGAUUCUGAUAGAGAUUUCAGA